CCACUCCUUUGUCACCAAUGCUUGCGAUUUCACCUCAUUAAUGGCGGUAGCACACUUUCGGCUGUCGUUUCUUCUUUUCCUUGCAUUUUUGGUUCAAAACGGCAGCUUUAGUUUAGUUGUUAACAUUAAAUCAAAGGAUGAUGAGAUAGUGCAGCAAACUUUUUCCGCAGAUCCCGAAAAAGACUUCGUUAUCAUCGAAUACAAGAAUAAUGAAGAUAGGUUCGUUUCGGUGUACAUCGACUUCCGUCAGAAACGAAAGAUAUUUCAAGUUGUUGUCCUUGGUGAAAUGGAUAAAGCAGAGAGUUCUUAUGAAGCCAUGUGUUUUGUAGCAGAACUCAAAGAUGAAGAAUUUAUAUCGUCAGAUGCCAUGUCAAAACUCAGACAGAAAAACCCAAGUACAAUCAGGGUUCCUGAAGAGGAUCUUGAUAGUGAAUCUCACAUCAUGGAUCAUGUGGUCAUUUUGGAUGCAAAUGUAACAGAAGGAACCAUCAAUCAACUUUGUAAAGAUGCUGGAAAAGUGCUCUUUAGUGGAGCUAAUACGAAACUUUUGUUAUCAGGAAAUUCAACCCGAGAGGAUCUUGAUAAACUUGAGUUGGCAUCUCAAGAUCAAACUGGCUUUACAAAGGUGCUGAAACCAUGUAAAAAUACACCAGAACUGAGUGCUGAGUGCAUCUGUAGAGUAGAAAUAUGUUUAAGUUGGUACCCCUGCCACUUGAAGCUUUGCCAAGGAGAAGAUGACAAUGGCCAACCAACAGAGUACCGUUGUGGAAUCAAAACUUGUGGAAAAUGCUAUGACUUUGACUUUUAUGUUGGGGAAAGGCGGCAAUGCUUUUGGGAUACAAAUUCAUAGUUUAAUCAGUUUAAAUAUUACAGUUUAAAUAUUCAUAGUUUUAUCAGUGUAAAUAUUACAGGUAUUUUGUUAGUUUUGUGCAUCAUAUUGUUGGCACUCAAAAGUGUGUUUUGUAAAUGUAUUUAUAACACCGAGCUUGGAAUUUUCAAAGAAUCAAUGACUCAGAUUUUUUCUGUAUAGUAGGACCAGAUCCAUUACUGACCAUUCAGAUAGGACAAAGGUGACAUUUAGAAUAGUUUAGCAAAUUAGCAAUCUCUCUUUUUACAUAGUAAGUUGAUGCAGGCCAACUACACUUGGUAUUUGAGCAGAUACAAAAGGAAAGUUGUCUCAGUAAUUUAAAGUUUGUUCCCCUUACAGCUUAUGCACCCUGCUAGUCAUGACGCCAUUAUGCCAAUUUCCUCUGGGGAGUAGAGAAAUAAAAUGACUGCAGGGAAUACUAAACUGCACUUGUAGAAUCUUUUAGUACUUUGAGUAGGAUGCUAUGGAAGUAGAUUAUUGGUCCCCUUUGGCACUAGAGUAAGGUAUUAGUCAGCUCUCAGAGCACUGAGUUAUAAGUCACCAACCUACAGGUUGAUUAGCUAGCAAGCUAAUCAAGUUGUUCAAAGCUUCUCACUUGCCUUACUCUUGCUUCUCAGCUGCUUUUCUACUGUUAUAAUGCAAGCCUGUUCAAAUGCCUCUUGCACAACCUGAAACUAGUUCUUUACAUGAUUGAACAGACUAAAACCAGAUUGAACAGAAAUGAGGGCAAUUUUAGCAAUCACUGAAUUUUAACUCUUGGUUAAACUUUGUUGGCUUCUCAGUUUGAUAAUGGUGUGGUCCUUGUCUGGGUUUGUUUUUCACCAUAAAAAGUUCCAGUACUUAGAAAAAAAAGCUUAAUAUUAAAUUUUUAUACUUUCAAUAGAUGAUGUUGAUUGUCUGAAUUAAUGGAAGAUUUUCUUUCCUCUUCAGGUCAUUUUAUUUCUUACUUUACCCCAGUCCCAAAUGCAAACCUUAUAUAUUCCCUUGAAAAAUCCAGUUGACAGGAGUCAGCUGUUAUCAGGGUUUCAACAAUGUAAUUCUAACCACAAUUUUUAUUACAUCCUCUGUAUUUCCUUUAAACAAUAAAUAUUUACAUACUUUUUUGUGA